CUCAGUGACAAAUAUGGAUUUAGUGUCUGCUGUCUAGCGAGCUCUCUUUCCAGGAUCAUCGGGGGGUCAGCAUACCGAUGUGGCCUCUCCAUUACAUGCAAAACUCUCGGCACUAGUCUGAGCUGUUUGUGUGAGUAGGCUUAGGCUGGGCAUCCGAUGAGGCCUUGGUGAGGACUCAAGGUCCAUUUCAUCCUAUUGGCGAUAGGUUUACCUAAACUCCUCUUUCCUGUCCAAAUGCUUGCUUUUCUCUGUCCAACUGUCCUAAACACUCAUUUCCUAUUUAAUGGUCAGCAAAUCCCUGCCUCUCUUCCCCCACAGUUAGAAGCCCGGGGAUGUAGUUUGGUGGUGGAGACUGUGAGGAGUCCAGAACUAGGGGACACUCUGAAACAGGAGAGAGCAGAACAAAAGAAGCUGCUGGCAGACACUCACAGUGCGGCCAUGGACCUUCGUUGCAGGCUGGAGAACAGUGAGAGGGGCUGGGUGAAGGAGAAAUCUGAGCUGCUGGAACGCUUUGAGGCUGAGAGGAAGGAGUGGGAGAACCAGCUCAUGGACAUGCAGCGGAGGAUUGAGGAGUUGUACAAUGAAGUGAGGACCCACCGUAUGGGAAGUUCUCUGAGACCAAUUACUGAUGGACAAAAUGCGCUAAGGCUCAGCUCAUGUUCUGCCAGCACUUUGUCGAGUGCAGUAACCUAUACCUCAGACGCCCAGAGCAAUGAAUAUUCUGAAGCUUUAACCCAGCAAAGCAAUGCCAGCAUCGACUCCCAACCAAGUCAACUCAGUCACGCCAGUGAAUCCAGCGACCAGUGCAACAGCGAUCAAAGCGAACAAUUAAAUCAGCAAAGUGCUGAUGAACAACAGGUCAUAGACACUGCAGAGCUGGAAGAAAUCCUGGAAAGCUGUUUGAAAAAGAAAAUAGGGAACAAGUCAUGCUUCAUUGGACAAGAUGACCUCCUUAACCCUUUCAAACGAUUUCAGAGCAUGGAAAUAUGCUGUGGAAGUGACAAAAAGAAGAACAAUACUGCCCUUAAUGCGGCACUUAAGGAAAUUGCUCGUGUGAGUGAAGAACUCUGUAGCUACCAGGAUGACACAAAGAAGUGGCCUGAUAUUAAGAGAAGCCGCAGUGAGUCAACGUUUUUUCUAAGAGAGGGUGAGUUGGUGGAGAGGUUAAAGGACAAUUUGGAAAUGGAAGACACAGUUUUGUACUUGAAAAACAUGAGUGAAGACCUUAAAUCCCUCGAUGAGCAAUACUGGACGAAUUGGGAAGGUUGUAACAUGGAAUCGCAGCAAAGUGAAGCUAAGCCACAAUACAACAUAAGACAACAAGCCCCACCAAUACCGGCCCGUAGUACAUCUUGGUACCUAAGCAGUCCUUCCGUUUCAGAAAUGGAGUCCAUUGGAACAGAGCAAGGGUGUGAACGGCCAGGAACCCACCCAGACAGAAAGUACACCAGCCCCGCAAUUGUACGAAAAUUUGAAGCAAUGCUUCAAGAAAAUGAGGGGAAAAUUCUGACAGACUCUGGGAAUGUAGCCUGCACCGUGCCUGUUGAUUCCAAGUGCAAUAUCAGCUCCUGCCAGAGCCGCUGGUCCUGCGAUGGAAGUAGAUUUGGCAGCAACAAGUUAUCCAGAUAUGUACCUGUUAAGAGAUGUCUCUCAAACGUGGACAUUGCAGCUUCAGCCUCAGAUCGCAGUCUAAACCAAAUAGAUGAACAAAACAAGGGUUCAUCUCAUCCCAUGACCAUGCCUACAGAUUCUGUUGCAUCGCCAGACUUUAUUUCACCAUAUCCCAGUGCUACAGCUACUCCCAUUAAUGAGAGACUUGAUCAGAAAACUGCAGAGUUCAACCGUACGCUCUUCCAGGCAGGGAUGGGCGUUCUGUGUGAUGAGGAUAUUUCCAUGAAUGUAUCCACUGAUUGUUUUCACAGUCUACCAGAGGUCAUAUCAAAGGACACGUUUAUAGCUAGUCCUUCGAGGCACGUUAAAGACAAUCCGAAGGAUUUGCUCUCGGAUCUUGUGGCACAGUGCCCAAAAGAGGAGGGAAGAAAGAAGGAAACAAAGGACCUUGUCACUAAGUCUUCAUCUCUGCAGCAGGAACUUAGUCUAAAGCAAGACAGUGAAGUUAAGCCUUUAUCGGCUUCACCAAUUUCAGUUGACCAGCUUGUCCCAAGUGUUGGAGAAAAACACUUUGAACUGAGUGUAAGUCCACCAAAACUGCAAACCCAGUUGGAAAGGUCCAGCAAAGUUCUGGACGUUGGUACAGACCAACAGCAAGCAGACAAAAAACCCAAACAGACAAAAAAGGACAUGUGUUGCACCAGGUCUCGGAUUCUGGAUGAAAAUCCAUGGAAGCCCUCUACGCUAGCGGCCUAUCCUCGUCCGAUGGAGUCUAGGUCCAACUAUGGAGCUGUUGAGAGGAUUCUCAAAAAUUACGAGGAUUUGGAGAGAUCUCAGGAGCAGCAGCAGCCACAGUCCAGUCCAGGGAAGAAGGAAGACCUCGUGGACCUCUUGGAAAUGUUGGAUAUGCAACAUGAGCCUAGAUCCAGUCAGAGACUAACACACACACCGCACCACCAGGCCAUAGCCCACAAAGAGACACAUGUAACAGUGCAGCAAUGCAAAGAGUCCUCUGUAACUAUCAAGAAGAGCUUUUCACGACCUGCGUGUCCGGCAAAGAGACGUUUGCCCUCUCGUUGGGCUAGCCGCUUGUCUGUCACGUCUGCAUCGACUCCCUCACCGCCACCAACAACAACACCACCACCCACAAUCUUCACCCAGAGACAAACACUCACCUACUCCAACUUUCACACAGAGACCAUCAUCUAAACGGCCGUUAGAUUACGUCCAAAGCCUUUAAAGCCGUACAUGUUGCCUGAUUACCUGUGUAAAUACCAACAAUGACUGUCCAGUUUUGUUGUUUACAUUUCUAUAACCAUGAAAUCAAACUGCCUUUUCAUUCUUUUUUCUCAAAAACAUGUACAUUUCAUUUCUACCAAUGUGACUUGUUGUUUUCUGUUUUCUUAAACCAGUAUUAAUCUGUCGUCAUAUUUUAUAGCUGCGAAUGUAGACCUGUUUUCUGUCCGUGCUUCAUAUGUGGCCUCGUUUGUGUGUGAGGUCUUAUGUCUGAUUGAGAAUAUCUUUUUACCAACUUUACCAAAACCACUGACUUGUGUUAUUACAGAAACUAACGGAUCCUACGCUCCGUUUACCUGCUUAUCUGAUCUGAGACAUAUCAUUUAGACAAUGCCUUUGCAGUCCUUUUUCUUGAUAAUUAAUAUCACAAAUGAAACUGUAUUCAGCAUUUAUAAAAUAAAAUAUUGA